GGGCGGGCGCUGCGGAACCCCGGGCGCAGCUAGCGCGGGGAAGGAGAGCUCCUCCCCCAGCCCGGCCCGCGGACCCAGGGCUCCUCUGGCCUGUCGCUCCCUCCGGUCCUGAAGGUGGGGCCCAGGCCUGGGUUGCCAUGGAUACCGUGUCCCUAGAGCACCAGAUCCAGAGCGUGCAACGCCACAUCAGCUUCCUGAAAAAAGAGCAGAUGGCCCUGCUGCGAGACCUGCACCUGGAAAUCUUGAGGCUGCAGAAACGCUGCUCAGAACUGACCCAUGACCUGGAGAUGCGAGAGGCCCAAUCUCACCAGCAAGAGGCCGCGUCGCGUGAGCUAGAGAGCAGGUGCCGGGAGCUUGAGUCGCAGCUGGCGGAGCGGGCGGCGGCCAACUCCGAGCUUCGGCGGGAGGUGGCGCAACGCGAGGCGCUGGUGUCGGCGCUGCGCUGCAGCCUGCGGGCGGAAGAGCGCCGCUUCCUGGAGGAGCUGCGUCGUCGCAGCCACCGUGCCACCGUGCUGGGCACUGAGCUGCAGAAGCACACCGAGGCGGCCGCCUAUCUCUCCUGCCAGCUGCACGCCGCACGCCAGAGACUGCAGACACCGCGCCCGGGGCCCGGCGCCGCCGCUGAACCCCGACCCCGCCGGCGCGCGCAACGGGCUCGCCGCCCGCCCGCUACGGAGGCCGCUUCCAAGGGCCCCUCCGGCCGGGACUGGGCUUCUUGGGACCGCGCGGCCUGCGCCUUGGACGACACCGAUCCUAUGCCCGACCCCGCGCUCUUCCUCAACGCCCGGAGGCCCCCACGGCCCAGCGGCCGCAGCCCGCGCCAACCGCCACCCCAGGAGCCCCCGGACCAAGCUGACCCACCCCCUGCGCCCAGUGCGCCCGGGGCCCCGGAGUAGGCGCGGCGCUUGCCGGGCGGCAGGGAGCGGGAGAGGCUGGCCCUUGCAGACAGGGCUUGGGGGGCCGAGGGAGCUGGUCCCUCCUCCAGGCAGCGGGCUGCGACAGCCCCGGCUCUUCCAUCCCUUCCAACCUCCCCCAGCCUUUUGUAUUUCCCAACGUUUUCGAAGCUUCGAGCUCUCCCCUCACGCGAAGGAGCUCCUCUGCGGGGCUCCGCGAGUGCACCUUUUGGGUAGAGGACUCGCAAUACUGAUCGUUAACUGAUCCCCACCCUGCCACUGGGAGGGGAGGGGCGGGGUUCACGCCCCGUCCCGGGAAAACUGACAAUCGUUAGGCGGGAAGGGGAAUGCUGGGCUGUCCUAAGGAAAAGAACCGGAGUAGCACUUAGCACCCCUAGGCCUU